CAAUGCUGGGUGAUUACUAUUCUAAGAAGAUGUCUGGUUACGGAGACACUGGCGUGCAGAGCUACAUGGAGAAGAGACUGACGGAUCUUCACUAUGCCAGUGUCGACUCUGUCAAAACUGUUAAAGACAAAGUCUUGGCUUUCUUCAUGGGAGUGUUCCUCGUCGUAAUUCUGCCAUAUCUACAUCUCGGAGUGUUUUACCUGAUGAUAUGGGUGCCGGACAAACCUGAGAUAGACAGGAAAAGUUGCAGCUGUAACUGCUUCGACACAGUCUUCAGAGGUCGCUAUGAGAACCCCGGGAAAACUCCAUACAAGCACAUCUACUUCAACUCCACGAAAACCUCCCUGAAGGUGUGGAUCUUCACCGUGUUCUUUGUACUGAUGGGAUACGAGAGCGUUAAGUACUUAGUGCCGCUCGUGCGGAGGGGAGUGGUUCGUCGCAGCAUGCUUGCGCUGUACCUGGUCAACCUCUACCCACAAUACUACUCGUGGUGGUCCUACUUCAACUACUACAACGAGGAGUUCUUCAACUACUACUACCAUCACAUGUUCUUCACGCUGACAGAGAUUGCCGCAACCUGCAUGGUGCUCAACCUGUGCGACCUCCGUAACGAGAUUAACUCGUGGAAGAUCCUCUUCAUCGUCACUAUUAACGCCGUUCACAUCCUGGUGGCGAGUAUGGAUCAAUUCUUGGUCCACGUUUUCCUGGGCCUGGGGAAGAAUUUUCAGAGUACGCGUGAUAUAGGACUCAUGGUGCCUGACCUGCUACACAUCAUCAUUCCUGUGUACGUCCUACAUCAACAUGCCAGAAAAAAGGAACUGACGUUUUUUCAGAUGUGCACAAGAGAGGAGAUAGGAAUUUUCUUCGUGUUUGUGACUCUUGGAGUGAUUAUUGGACGAUUUGUAUAGGAUUUUAUCGAGUCGCUGAAGACAAGUGAUUGUUGGAGAGACAAAGAGUAAACCUUUGUAUUAUCAGUAUCAGGAAGCCAGCAUAAGCUGAAGCAGAAGCACAGCCGGUUUCUGGUAAAUUGAGUGGCCUGGCAUCAACCUGUGGAUGGUCGUGGGUACCCCCCAGGCUCUGCCCGAUUUCCUCCAUUUCAACCAUAAUGUUGGCGGAUGUCGUUUUAGUGAAAUAUUCUUGAGUACAGCGUAAAACGCCAAUCAGAUAAAUAAAUAACUCAUAUGUUUGUCUGAUAAGAAAUGAAUCAAACUUGACAAGAAGUCCUAAGUGGAUCUGUAGGUGAGUGAAUCAUUCAGAAUUAGGCAAAUGGUGUCUCUUGUAAAAUGUUAAACUUCAGCUGGUAAGUUUGGGGUGAAAACUCCAAAAAUAAAAAUAAUUUAGGAUUUAUUACUGAGGCAAUGACACCAAGAAAGCUGAUAGAGAGUAAACAGGCCAAUAUAGAUGUAUUCCAAGCAAAAAGGCAGCCAAAGUCAGUAAUCCUUAAAACAUAAAAGACCAGGCCAUCAUAAAAAAUAUUGUGGUUGGGUGUAGCCUCGAUAACCAUCCCCAAAAGGGUCCUACACUAAAUUUUG